CAGAAACGGAAAAAGAACCAAAUGCUCAGUUGGUGUCUGACGCUGGCCAAGUAAUGGCCGCUCAAGUUGAGCUAAAUAUUUAAGCUAAGAAUCGCAUAUUUCUAGACCAGAGUGUUAUCUGACCGCUUGCAAGCAGGUGAGAGGGCAACAUGGCACACUCGGAGCAGAAUAGGACGCUGUACGUGGGAAAUCUCGACACCUCCGUCACCGAGGACCUCAUCAUGAUGUUGUUUGGCCAGCUCGGAGAGGUCCGUAGCUGCAAGAUGUUUAGAGAACCUACCACAGACCCUUAUUGCUUUGUAGAAUUUAGCGAUCAUGUUACUGCAUUGAAUGCAAUAACCAUGAUGAAUGAUAAAGUGCUACAAAACAAAAAAAUGCGAGUGGAUUGGGCGACAGGUCAGGGUAACAAGAACAAGUAUACUAAAGUAGACACUAGUAAGCAUCACCAUGUAUAUGUGGGUGACCUCAGUCCAGAAAUAGAUGAGCAAGCACUAAGAGAAGCUUUUCAGGUUUUUGGUGAAAUCUCAGACUGUAAAGUAGUUAAGGAUCCUCAAAGUUUUAAAUCUAGAGGUUAUGGCUUUGUUGUGUUUGUGAAGAAGAUGGAUGCUGAAACAAGUAUCAGUGCAAUGAAUGGCCAGUGGCUUGGCCGGAAAAUGAUCAAGACCCGCUGGGCCACAAGGAAGCCAGCUAACACUCCAAAUGAGACAAAACCAGAACUUAAAAAACUGAAUUAUGAGGAAGUGUAUAACCAAACAACACCCACAAAUAUGACUGUGUUUUGUGGGGGCUUGAAACAAGACAUUACAGAAGAAAUGCUGAAAAAGACUUUCCAACCACAUGGGCAGAUUGAGAAGAUAAAGAUAUUUAAAGAGAAGGGUUAUGCUUUCAUUAAAUACACUAGUAAAGAAAGUGCUUGUCAGGCAAUUGUAGAGCUUCAUAGUACUAACUUGAAUGGCCAAAUAAUCAGGUGCUCUUGGGGGAAAGACACAGGAGGAGAACAAGCGGGAAACCUGGGCCCAGAGCAAAAUGGCGCACAGCCUAGUAUGCACAGUUAUGCAAAUGGUCAAGGUUUUACCAAUCAGAUGGGGCAGAUGGGAUACUGGCAAUAUUACCCACAGCAAAUGCCAUAUAACCAGGUGCCAUACAAUCAAUAUUCGUAUGGAUAUCAACCAAAUCCUGGUUACAUGUGGAUGGGAUGGGGACAGCAGGGUUGGGGCCAGCCAGGUCAGCAGGCCCCUCCUGCCCCACAGCAGGGUCAGCCUCAAUAAAGGGAACUGACAGUAGAAUAAACUCUGGUCUCGGAUGCGCCUAGCACAUCUCCAUGACAAGUUUGGUGCCACCUGAUGAUAGGGAGAGGAGCCAAUGUUGCCACAAUUUCUUUGUAAGUGCAAAGAUCUUCAGACCAAUACAGACAGUAUGUACAUAAGUGAAUAGCUGAUUGAAAAUCUUUUUAAGUAUAGAUUCUACUUAAUUAUCUCAUGUCCAAAAGCACUAUCAUGUAGUAUUAGAUGAGAACAGUGGUCUUCUUUUUGUAAGAGAAAGUAAUUUUGUAAAGUUUUAUAUCAGGAAUACAGUGAAAUGUAUUUUGUACUGUUUUCUGGACUUUUGACAGUGAAUAGCUUUCAUGGCUUACCAUGUUAAUCAGCUGUUGUAAAUACUGUUAUAAUUGAAAUUUUGAGUUUGUAAGUCUUGUAUUUCAAUGCUGUAGAAUAGAAUUAUGUAUAUGCCAUGAAAGUCAAUUCAUUAUAUAAAUAUUUAUGUAUUAAUCUUUCAAUACUAUGAUGCUGGUAUAAGAGAAAUAUCGGAUUCAGAGGAUACACGGAAGAUGAUGGAUGUUGCGUGAAUGGAAUUUUUUCAGAGUAUGAAAGAGAGGGGAGCAAAAUGUGUGUACAGUAUAUAUUUACCCAACUAAUUUCUAGCACUGGCUCAUGCGCAUUACUUGUGUAUAAUCACAUUCCAAAGUGAACUGGUCAAUUGGGAAGGAUCAGUUCUCAUGUAACUUUUAUCAUGUCUUGUGUUUGUACAUAUGUAUACACAUGCAUCAUGCAUAAGUAUGUGUGUACACCUUAUAUGUAUACAUAUAUAUACACGUAUGAUUAACAAUGAAAUCUCAAGAAGCAAAUGGGAAAUGUGUAGCAGUAUAUAUUUUGCCCAGUACUCAGAUAUCCAAUUGAUAAUGAUAUCUUCAUAUUUUGGGACAAGAACGGUGGUAGGGAUGUAUUGAGCUUUAUGCAUUUUCAGGUAUAGUUGUGAGGGUGUCCAGGAGACAUUUUUACUGGGGCUGUUAAUCAUUUCCACAGUUUUCAGAAGGAAUUUUUAUGACGGUACUCAGUGUCAACAUUUUCAUUGCCCUUAGUUUAUUAAUUUUAUUGGUACCUGCUUUGACCAUUGAGUACAUGUGUACAAGUCUUCCCUUUUUAUUUUUUUUUAUUGGGAGAAGUUGAGGCCACUGCAAGACUUGGCUUUGAGCUUGUGGGAGGAAUAGUAGUCAUGCUAAGGUAUAAUUACCUUGUGACAGUUUUAACGUGAUGAAGUUUGGAGGUAUUGAGAACCACCACUUUUUGUAUAAUGAUUCCAUGAUUCUAAACAUCUUUUUUUAAGACUGGCAGGGCCCCUUUUAUUAAAUUAACCUAGCACCUUUCUUGCUUUGACAUAUGAUCUUCAUUUUUAAAUUCCUAGAAGUGGCUUGAAGUGUAGGCUGAAAUGUGUAAUUCUCCACAUUUCUUUAUUAGUUUUUCCAUUUGUUGUAUUUGUUGCUGUUUGCUUAGUGUAUUAACUUGUAUGUGUAUAUAUAGUAUAUUAUAUUUUGUGUAUACAUAGUGCAUGUGUUUAUGUAUGUACAUACACCCACAGACUUUUUGUGUGUGUUUUUACAUACACCACAAAAGCAUACAUGUACUCAUUUGUGUACAGUGUGCGAGUGUGUAUUUCAGUAUACACGAACAUAUAUAGUAUGUGUAUAUGCAUAUUCAUGUAUAUGCACAUAUGUAUAUAUAGGUAGAUAUAGCAAAGAUUUGAAUUGCAGUAUUUGGAUUUAUGAAUAGCAUGAAAAAUUUUGUACACUAUCCCAUCCAUGUACAGUUAUUCAGAUAAUGAAAAUAAAGGAAUGGCAUGAAAGUCCA